AUGUCACUCCUUCAUUUUCAUUCCAAAACUUUGCAAGGUUUCCUACUUAUAAUAAAAACCUGUUCCCUCAAUCUCGCUACCAAAUUCCUAUCUAUCACACCUUGCAUCAAAUCCAGCCCGGCCAAAACAACUCCCUACAUUCCAUCUCAUCACGGCAUGGAGUCAAUCCCACCAUCUUAUCCCCCAGCCAAGGGGACUGCGACACCGCCCUGUUUCUCCCCAACAGCAACUUUAUCUUCACCGCAACCUGCUACCAACUCAACCCCAAGUUCGUUCUCGGCCAAACCUUCUCACAGUCGCCAGGAUAUCGCACCGAACCCGAAUAAAUGUCAACGCUGUCGAAUGAGCAAGAAGGGUUGUGACGGCAAGAAGCCCGUAUGUAGCCGCUGCUCUCAGCGAGGUACUCAGUGCGUCUAUGGUGCUGCUAUUGCGAAAGACGGAAACUCAAACGUCGCUAUGCCGAAGAAGGUCGCUGGAGUCAAGCGAGGGAUUGGUAGUAUGCAAGGUGAGUUUGCUGGAUUGAUGCCAGUGCCAGAGCAGGGAAUGGUGAAGGUGGAAGCUUUAGACACCGUGGCUGUGGAUAUGGAUAUCUAUGGAAAUGUGAAAACGAAGGCAGUAUGGAAAAAUGACAAGGCAACAGCGACAACGUCUAAGACUAGAGCCAAGCGUUCUAGAAUUCCCCACUCGCACGCCCUUAACAAGAGGAUCGAGGUUGAAUAUGUAGAAUACUCUCCUGAUAAAGCCCAACAAUUUCUCACCCAAGAGACGGACGUCGCCAUGGAGGAGGCUCUCCUCGAUGCCGAAGACAUUCAAGCCCAGGAUACGGAUAGAGGAAACGAUACCUGUUUCCGGAUCAUUGAGUUCGGGGAUAUGGAUCUCAAACAUCUCUCACCUAACUUACAAGUCGAGUGGCAAGAAAUCGCAGCAAUGGUGUACAAUGCGCUCUAUUUUGGCGAGGAGUUAGUUGAAGACGUGGACGGGGAGAAGAAGGCUCAACUUCGACAGCUAGUAGAAGAUCUCAUAGCGUUGCAGUCACAGAGGAAGGAUGCUCCGGAACUAGUGGUAGCGUUGGGGAAGUUGGUGGCAACGGUACGGUUCUUCUAUGACUUCUAUGAGCAUUUCGGAAGGUGUGCGGCUAGGAUCUUGGUGGGAGAUUGGUUGACGGUUUCGCCUUGCGCCUGGCGACAGUCAAUUGCCGUAAGUCUAGGCAUAUUAGACCCAUUUCUUCGGAGGCCGCAGCGAUAUGCACCGUUGAGUCACUCAAACCAGCUUGGCUGGAAUAGUGGCAUGAUUUGGACGAAAACAGUUGCAUGCAGCAACACAAAUAUUAGGAUUAAUCCUAAUCUAGGGUGCAUUGCAGAUAUCUCUAUUAAUCACUGUCCGAAUGCGGUGGGAAUCCACUCAGAGGCAUAUGGGAGUGCGUGGGGACUCUGA